AUGGAAGCGGAUGAAUCGUUCGUUGGCAUGACGGGUGGCCAGAUCUUUCAUGAGAUGAUGCGAAGACACGGUGUCCAACAUAUCUUUGGAUACCCCGGUGGAACUAUCCUUCCGGUCUUCGACGCCAUCUACAACUCCGAGUAUUUCGACUUCAUCCUUCCUAAGCACGAGCAAGGCGCCGGGCAUAUGGCCGAGGGCUACGCAAGGGCUUCAGGAAAGCCAGGGAUCGUUCUGGUAACCUCUGGACCCGGUGCGACCAAUGUCGUCACCCCAAUGCAGGAUGCCUUGUCCGAUGGAACGCCCAUGAUUGUCUUCAGUGGCCAGGUGGUGACUACAGCGAUUGGCAGCGAUGCUUUUCAGGAAGCUGACAUUCUCGGUAUAUCGCGAGGCUGCACAAAAUGGAACGUAAUGAUACGCAACGUGGCUGAGCUACCUCAGAGGAUCAACGAAGCUUUCGAGAUUGCCACGAGUGGGAGACCGGGUCCUGUUCUCGUGGAUCUCCCCAAGGACGUGACGGCGGGUAUAUUGAGAAAGGUUACGCCUACCGGGCCAGCGAUACCGCGCAUAGCAAGCUAUGCAAACACGGACGCGAACCACAAGCUACUUACCAAGUCGAUCGCCCAUGUCGCCAAAUUGAUUAACACCGCGAAGAAGCCCGUCAUAUAUGCUGGACAGGGCGUCAUUCAGUCCCCGAACGGACCUCAGUUACUCAAAGAACUGGCGGAAAAAGCAUCCAUACCGGUGACAACAACCUUGCAGGGGCUUGGCGCCUUCGACGAACUGGACGAGAAGUCCUUGCAUAUGCUGGGCAUGCAUGGUUCGGCGUAUGCGAACAUGUCCAUGCAGGAAGCCGAUCUCAUCAUCGCACUGGGUGCCCGGUUUGAUGACCGAGUUACAUUAAACAUCGCCAAGUUCGCACCCGCGGCUAGGGCAGCAGCUGCAAAGGGCCUUGGAGGGAUUGUACAGUUUGAGGUCUUACCUAAAAACAUCAACAAGGUGAUUCAAUCUACUGAGGCGGUGGUCGGGGACGUCGCAGAGAAUCUAACACACCUGUUACCUCAUGUGAAAAGGACCAGUAUGGCUGAAAGGCAAGCAUGGUUCACACAAAUCAAUGAAUGGAAGGCAAAGUGGCCGUUACAUGCAUAUGACCGGGACGAACGACCACAUUUGAUCAAACCCCAGUAUUUGAUCGAGGAGCUGAGUAACCUCACAGCAGAUCGCAAGGAAGAGACGAUCAUUACUACGGGCGUCGGCCAACAUCAGAUGUGGACUGCUCAGCACUUUCGUUGGCGCCAUCCUCGGAGUUUGAUCACAUCUGGUGGUCUUGGUACUAUGGGCUUUGGUCUUCCAGCUGCCAUUGGUGCAAAGGUAGCGCGUCCAGAUGCGCUUGUGAUUGAUAUCGACGGUGACGCAUCGUUUAGCAUGACCCUAACAGAACUGACUACGGCUAGUCAAUUCAACAUCGGGGUGAAGGUGAUCGUCCUAAACAACGAGGAGCAGGGAAUGGUGACCCAGUGGCAGAAUCUAUUCUAUGAAGAUCGAUACUCGCACACACACCAGCGUAAUCCGGACUUUAUGGGCCUGGCAAGGGCAAUGCACUUCCCGCAUCGACGUGUCAGCAAGCCCGAAGAGGUCGUUGACUCUCUGAAGUGGCUUAUCCACACGGAUGGCCCUGCUCUACUAGAGGUUAUCACCGACAAGAAGGUACCGGUUCUACCAAUGGUACCCGCGGGCUCGGGACUGCACGAGUUCAUUACGUGGGACACACACAAAGACAGCGAGAGAAGAAGUCUGAUGCGAGAUAGAACAUGUGGGCUUCACGGCUGA